UGAUGAACGUCGUCGACGGGUAUCUUUGAUGUCUACUCGUAAAUAUACGCGGAGAACGGCAAAAAUGAUCUAAUAUGUAAGAGGUAAGAAGGCGACGUCGCGGUUCGAACAAUCACCUGUCCUCACCAGCGAGUUCACGUUUACUCCUUCUCCAUCGUCAGCAUCAAUGGAUAGUUAAUGGCUUUCCUUUGUUAUCGUUCAAGGCUCAUAUCGACGACGGCCUCAGCAUUUUCAAGGCGACAUGGCUCAUCUUGGAGUUACAGGCAUGCAGGUUUUCCCUCGUUUUUCACUUCAACUCCCAUUCCUCGCUAUUCACUCGGACGAAAGGCGCUCUGGUUGAUUCCUAUAUCGGGCGGGUUAGCCCUAUAUCUUACACCUCGAAGACCAAACUCGGUCCUUCCUACAAUCAUCUCUUCUCCAUCCAUCAUUCCAUGUCCACCAUCGACGGGAAAAUCAGCUUUGGAACCCAUAAUACUCUCACCGACAGAAGAAGAACUCACAUGGAACUCGAGAAUCAUCGUUUUACUUCGAGACAAGAUAUGGGAACCCCUGCUUACUGCACAAAGAUUCAUUCAUCUACUGUUUCUAUUUGCACCGGUCAUCCUCACUAGUCCGAUGCUGCUAGUUGGGAAACCCAAGAAGAGAUACAACGGAGAUGGUUGGGGUGCAAUUUGGUGGUAUGAUUUUCUGGUUUCUAGAAUGCAAGCUGCAGGGCCGACUUUCAUCAAGUUGGGUCAAUGGGCGACAUCUCGCGCAGACUUGUUCCCAUCUGCACUAUGCCAAAAAAUGGGUACUUUACAUUCUCGGGGAAAGCCGCAUUCCUUUCUUCAUACAAAAAGAGUGGUAGAGAAGGUUUUCCAACGACCCUUCGAUCAAGUCUUCGAAUUCUUUGACGAAGCACCGAUUGGUACUGGCGCAAUAGCUCAAGUCUAUCGCGCGGUCCUCAAACAAGACAUCAUUCCUCCUUCAUAUCUCGGACCGCGACGGCAUAGAAAGUCCCCAGCAGCCGCCAUAUCCCCCGUUAUACUCCCUGAUCAUCCCCCACCUUCGAUUCCUACUGCCGCGGUGGCAAUCAAGGUCCUUCAUCCGCGGGCUUACAAGACCAUCGCGCGGGACCUCUCUAUCAUGUCUUUCUUCGCCCACAUCAUCACUCUGUUUCCAGGAAUGCAAUGGCUAUCUCUUCCAGAAGAAGUAGAUGUGUUUGGCCGAAUGAUGUUCCAACAAUUAGAUCUGAGAAACGAAGCCGAUAACCUACUCACCUUCGAGACGAAUUUCUCGCCACGAAAGGUCCCGGUGAACUUCCCACGGCCACUUAGAGAAUUCACGACCGCCAACCUAUUGGUAGAAGAGUAUGAGAACGCCCUACCCCUAGAGUCCUUUUUGAAAAAUGGCGGUGGUCCAUUCGACCAACAAGUAGCCACUGUGGGAUUAGAUGCGUUCCUUAACAUGCUUCUCCUUGACAACUUCGUUCACUCCGACUUACAUCCUGGUAACAUUAUGAUCAAAUUUACCAAACCCUUGUCCACUAGUUACCUUCUCAAAAACCUUUGGCUCACCAUCAAGCAUUCCUUCUCUUCAUCCUCCUCAGAAUCAGAAUCUCCUGUCUUUAUUCCACCGCCGGCGGAUUACUCCGAUUCAGACUCUAUAGUCGCGCGACUCCGUGACCUGUCCAAUGACCGUCAAGGAUGGCUCAACGAACUUUUUGCCCUCCAUUCUUCCGGCUACAUUCCUGAAAUCAUCUUCAUCGACGCCGGUCUCGUAACCACACUUUCCUCAACCAACCGAACCAACUUUCUAGACCUCUUCAAAUCCCUCGCCGAAUUCGACGGGUAUCGAACAGGUCAACUCAUGAUCGAACGUUCUCGCACACCCGAAUUAGCUACCGACUCUGAAACCUUCGCAUUGAAAAUGCAGCACCUCGUGUUGAACGUUAAACGCAAGACGUUUUCUCUAGGUCACAUAAAAAUCUCAGAUAUUCUCAAGCAGGUGUUGAUAGCCGUACGGCAACACCACGUCAAGAUGGAAGGAGACUUUAUCAAUACUGUUAUCUCUGUUUUAUUGUUAGAGGGGAUUGGAAGACAGCUGGAUCCGGAUUUGGAUUUGUUCAAGAGUGCUUUGCCGAUAUUGAGGCAGUUGGGCGGACAGAUGGCAACGAGGGAACAGAUGAAGAAGGAGCUUCCUGAUCUGUCAAGGUCAAAUUUGGGAGCGUUUUUGAAGGUUUGGGUGUUUAUAGAGGCGAGGCAGUUUAUUUCGGCGUCGAUUGUGAACGCGGACGAGAUGAUGAGGUAUGAUUGGCUGGCACCGAAUAUAUGAUAAUAGAUCGCCAUUCAUUUACCUGGCUGUAUAAUUCUUUUUUAGAUUCUCGGGGUCAUUUAUCAAUACACACAGAGGACACGAAUUCAUACUUAGCAUAGGAUCGACUUUAUACAUACAGAACGAGGUUUCUAGAUUCUAUUCUAAACACGAA